AAUAAAAGUAUUGCCUCUUAAACUUUUUCUUUCGUAAUAAAAUGAAAAUGUAACUAGUCAGAAGUAAAGCAUAAAAGAGGCGUGGGCAGAGAGGCAGAGCUACUAGGAUUGUUCCAUGGCAGUGAUGAGUGAUCUAAGAUUGUGUUGUAGCAUAUUAGUGCUGUUGGUUGGUUUUGCAAGGUGUGAUUUGGCGAAAGACAGAGACGAAUGUGCAGAGAAACUGAUUGGGCUAGCUCCCUGUAUCCCUUAUGUUAGUGGACAAGCCAAGAUCCCCACCAUAGACUGCUGCAGUGGCCUCAAAGUGGUUCUUGAUCAGAGCAAGAAAUGCAUCUGCAUCCUCAUCAAAGAUCGCAACGAUCCUAACCUUGGCAUUACCAUCAAUGCCACCCUCGCUCUUCAACUUCCUAUUUCUUGUCAUGCACCAUCUAAUAUUUCCCAGUGCGUCGAUCUUUUGCAUUUGCCACCUAACUCUCCUGAUGCUAAGGUGUUUGAGGGGUUUGGAAAAUCCACCAAAACCAAGACUUCCACCCCAGUUUCUAGUGGUGGAGCUAAGAAUGGAACAAGCUCAAGUGCUCAAGAAAAGAGCGAUGGUGGCAAGGGAAAUAGGUGGCAUGUGACUGGGGUCAUUUGUGUAAUUUUACCAACUGUAUUCAUUUCUAACUUCUAUCUCAUUUGAACUUUCAAUUUUUCAAAAGCUUGUAGCAAUGUAGUAUGGACAAGAAGGAUUCUCUAUGGAAAAAAGAAACUUCAAAUGGAAAAAGUUUACCACCUCUUACAUUUGUAUGUACUUAUAAAGAAGUUUAUCCAUUUCUAGUGUUUUUGCUAUGAUUGGCUAAUGUAUGUGUCUAUCUCGUUCUCAUA